GGGGACCGCCCCCCUUUGAAGGUCCCCGGGGAGGGGACUGGGAGGAGCCCCCUGGGUGGCACAGGGAGAGCACGCUCGGGGGAAGGUCUCGAGGGGCCCCCGGGGGAUAUCGGGGAGCGGGCAGAGCGCUCGGACCCCUCUCCGUCGGCGGGGCCCGCGAAGAGAACCCGAGCGCCAGGAACUGCCCCAGCAGCAUCCCCCUCGCCGGGCGGGGCAGAGCGGAGCGUUCCUACUGUCCCCCGGACAGACAGACACACGCACUCAGCAUCACCCCUGUCCCGCUGCAGCUCUGCCCUCCACCGCCGCCAAGAUGCUGCUGCUGCUGCUGGGGAUCAUCGUGCUGCACGUCACCGUGCUGGUGCUGCUCUUCGUGUCCACCAUCGUCAGUCAAUGGCUGGUGAACGGCGAGCACGCGGCAGACCUGUGGCAGAACUGCACCUCCGGCAGCCCCUUCCAGUGCCUGGCAUCCUCCUCCAACGAAUGGCUGCAGUCUGUCCAGGCCAUGAUGAUCCUCUCCGUCAUCUUCAGCGUGCUGUCGCUGUUCCUGUUCUUCUGCCAGCUCUUCACGCUCACCAAGGGCGGCCGCUUCUACAUCACCGGAGUGUUCCAGAUCCUGGCGGGGCUGUGUGUGAUGAGUGGCGCUGCCAUCUUCACAGUGAGGCACACGGACUGGCACCAAGCCUCGGAAAACACCUCCUACGGCUUCGCCUACAUCCUGGCGUGGCUGGCCUUCCCCCUGGCCCUGGCCAGCGGCAUCGUCUACGUCAUCCUGCGGAAGCGCGAGUGACGCCGCGGGACGCGCCCCGCGUGACCGGGGCACUCGCGACGUCCCCGCAGCAGACGGAGGCGGGGGAGCAUAGACGAGAAAACGGAAAAGAAAAUUAACCAAAAAAUCAAAAAACAAAAAAAAAAGGAAUAAACCCUCCCAUCCAAACCAAACCCAACCGACCCCCAGAGGAAACACUCAAAGGGUUCCUUGUUAAUUGAAGAUGUAUAUAGUAUCUAUGGUUUAAAAAACCUAUUUAUAACACUUUUUACAUAUAUGUACAUAGUCUUGUUUGCUUCUGUUGACCAUGCGCUGUUUUAAAGCCUAAAGCAAGUGCCUAAGGACCUCUCACUCCUAACAGUGUAACAAGAGCGCAGUGAUUUUUCUCUCGUGCAAAAUCCUCUUUGAGCUGAACUCUCCUGCCCUGUCCCAGCCCGUCAGAGCCCCCAGCUCUGGUUUUGGGCUGGCGUGGAUCAGCCACGCCUGGUUCUGCAGCCGGAGGGCUGGGCCCUGCUCCUGCCACACGCUGUGAUCCACAGGGCAUGUCCAGAUCUGACGGGAGACGCUUCCAAAAGGUUUGAAGGAUUUCGGAGCAAAGGCUUUGAUUGCCCCAAGUGCCUAAAUGACUUAUGUGCCUAAGUCCCACUGCCUUGCCGCCACACCCGCUGGGAAUUUGGGCUUUUAAAUCACUUAGGCCGAGCUGCAAUCCAGCCCGGGCCGUCCUCCCUCGCUCGGCUGCCGGGGCUGGGCUGUGCCGAGCUCUGGGAGCUGCUGCUCCCAGCCUGGAACGUGCUCUGCCCUUGCCAUGGAGCUAAACUGCCCCGAGAAGGCAGCCAGCCCAGUCUGUCCCUGAAAUCCAAUACCAGAUGUAUGAAAUGGUGCUAUCUAUUUACCAUUCCUUGCCCUGCUACGCCAUUUAACCUUAGUCACUGGAAAUUCAGUUAACGACCUUGAGGUAAACAACCAAGCUAGAAAUGAGAAAUAAUUCUGUGUAAUAUAAAUGAGCUAUAACUGCUUUUGUACUUAGAUUUGCUCUUACUAUUAUUUUUAAUAAAGCAUUUAUAACCAAGAUUCCUUUUUCCCCUCCGUGGUGCAGAGGAUCAGAAGCAGCUCUGGCUGGAGCCCGUGGGGCUCUGGCACAGGAGCGAGAUGUGAGUCCUCUGUCUGUCAGCAACGAGUCUGGCCAUGAAUGGAACAGGCACCAGCACAGACCCCGGGCUGCCUCUGAGGACUCCAGACACUGUUGCUUUUUCGAUUAAUCUUAGGGUUUUUUGGGGUUCUACUUUUUUUUUUUUUUUUUUUUUUUUUUUUUUUUUUGCUUUGCUUUUCUGAUUUUAUACCGACUGUGUGGACUAAGAAGCAAUGAAAUAAAAGUCAGAAUAACUCA